AGAGGAAAAAGGGAAAAACCAAGAAAACAAACUGAAAGUUGCAGACUUGAAUUUCUCAGACAGUGAUGAGGGCCAUCUUCUUCAAACUGCCCUCCUUACCUUUUUGAAAUAAAUCAUUACAAAUCUCUCCCAAACACACACACACACACACACACACACAACACAGUGCAUUGGAAAAGUUGCCCUUAAUCUCAAUCAAAUCUCCUCCUCCUUUUCUUUUCCCUCCAAUCUUCUUUCUUUCCACUCCUCUGUUCAUCAAUCAAUUACACUACACUCCUUCACACAACUCUCAUUCUUUUCUCCCACGCCUGCUGAAACCUCCGAUUUCACACACUCACGCGCAUUUUCUUCUUCUGGGCUUCUUGUUUGCACUUUUCUUGACAUAAAUUCAUGACCCUUCAAUGCCCUUUUGCUUUUUCAAGCUAAAGAUACAAUCUUGGCAAAAAAUUUCGAGUACGCGUGUGAGACUUAGCUAGCAGCAUUUGAUGGUCGAAUACUAGUGGAGAAGUGCUGGCCAGAUCUGAAGUGGGCAACCUGUAUUUCAGAUCCUGUUGGCGGAAGGAGGCAGAGAUGGUUGCGGAGCUUUGGAUAUUGAAAAUGGGUAAUCAGGUGAGUAGCAAUUUAAAGCAUGCUUUAUAUCUUGAGAAUUCGACAAAAUCCUCAAACAAAAAACAGGGAGUUCAAGAGAGACAAACUAUUGGGAUACUGUCUUUUGAAGUAGCUAAUGUAAUGUCCAAGAUUAUUCAUUUGCACAAAUCUUUGACUGAUAGUGAGAUCCUUAAGCUCAAGAAUGAGAUCUUAAAAUCCGAGGGGAUAAGAACCCUUGUAUCUAGUGAUGAAAAGCAGCUCUUAGAGCUGGCCCUUGUGGAGAAAUUUGAUGAUUUGAAUAGGGUUGCUGGCGUGGUGUCUAGGUUAGGGAAGAAAUGUACAAUCCCAGCACUGCAGGGGUUUGAGCAUGUUUAUGGGGAUAUUGUUUCUGGGAUGAUUGAUAUUAAGGAGCUGGGGUUUCUGGUGAAGGAUAUGGAGAGUAUGGUUAGGAAAAUGGAGCGAUAUGUGAGUUCCACAGCCAGUUUGUACACCGAAAUGGAGGUCAUGAAUGAACUUGAGGUUGCCACCAAAAAGUUUCAGCAGAACCAGCAUGAGGAGAGUAGGAAAGCUUUUGAGCAGAAGUUGACAUGGCAGAAGCAAGAUGUGAGUCAUUUAAAGGAUGUUUCGCUCUGGAACCAGACGUAUGAUAAGAUUGUUGAGCUGUUGGCAAGAACUGUGUGUACAAUUUGUGCACGUAUGUAUGUUGUGUUUGGAGAUGCCUAUUCAAGAGGGGAUGUUUCUAGUGCUUCAAUUUUGGGAUCACAAGUUGGUCUUAGCGGGAGUUUGAGGCGUGUGAAGCAGAACCCUGGGCAGAAAUCAGGUCAGUUGGAUGUAGGGAGAGUGAUCCAAAAGGAUGGUAGUUUGACAAAGUCCAUUUCGUCCAAGCAUGAUGAUUAUUGUCAUUCAGGGCCAAUUGUAAAAGAAGGAUUGGAGAAGAGAACCCUAAGCUUAAGACCCAAAGUGGGAAUCCAGAAGAAUGAUGGACGCUUGUUUCGUCCAGAAGAUUUCAAUUUUGCUUGUGGUACAGGACCGGGGAGGAUGUUUAUGGAAUGUUUAAGUCUCAGUAGUUCUGCUUCCAAGGUGGAUGAUGACGACGAUCAUGUGAGUUAUGAUGAUCAAAGUAGUCAAGUUUCGGGCCAUUUUAGUGUGCCAAGUGUUGCUAAGAGAGAGCAUCCGAAUCUAUCCGGUUGUUUUAUUCAUGCCAUCAAUUCCAAUCCUUUCAAUGGAGGCCAGAGGCAGUCGAAUGGCAGUCUGAUAGAUGGCUCAAAGUUCAGUCCGAAGAGUAGUCUGCUGGUUUACGCGCCUCCUACUACUGUAGGAGGCUCUGCUUUAGCCUUGCACUAUGCCAACGUAAUCAUUGUCUUAGAGAAACUGCUCCGCUACCCACAUCUGGUUGGUGAUGAGGCUAGAGAUGAUCUCUAUCAGAUGCUCCCAACGAGCCUGAGAAAGACAUUGAAGACUAGUUUGAAGUCUUACAUAAAAGAUUUGGCUAUUUAUGAUGCUCCUCUAGCCCAUGACUGGAGGGAACGGCUCGAUGUAAUGCUUAAGUGGCUCGCCCCAUUAGCACACAACAUGAUCAGGUGGCAAAGCGAGCGUAACUUCGAGCAACAGCAAAUUGUCACGAGGACGAACGUUCUUUUGCUUCAGACAAUAUAUUUCGCUGAUCGAGAAAAGACGGAGGCAUCCAUAUGCGAGUUACUUGUUGGUUUAAAUUACAUAUGUCGAUACGAGCAACAACAAAAUGCAUUGUUGGAUUGUGCUAGUAGUUUCGAUUUAGAAGACUGCAUGGAGUGGCAAUUGCAAGUCGGUGCUUCAUUUCAUCCUUGAUUCUUUGCUCAGGUUUUGAUUACACUGCUUUUAGUCAUUGGUCGUCAUUUUCUUAACUUUCCACGCUCGUGCUGUAUGAUAACGUAGAUCGAUGAUAGUUCUUCUACACGUUGUGAAUAUCAGAGCUUUGUAUAUCAAAGAUGUCUAUUGUAAAAUAGACUUGAUUUCUGUAUUUGAUUGUAAGACAUUGA